AGUUUGUUCUGUUUUGUUUGCUUGACUGUUGUUCUCCUGUGCUAGAUGACGGGUCUUGUCACGGAGGUGGAUAUCCGUGAUCGUUCCUUCCGGGAGUCUGUAGACCGCCGGAUUGAGGAGGCGCGUCAGGAGGAGAACAUAUCUGCAACUAAUGAUGUAAGAGGGAAUCUGGCUGCUGCUCGAGAACAAAUCCAGACCCUCCAGGCGGAAUUGAACUCUUCAUUGGAGGCCCUUAAAAAGGCUGAGGAGGAAACAGCUGAGACAGCGAAGCAUACCUCGUCUUUAGAAAAUGAGCUGUCUCGGACUCGCAAAGUUCUCCAAGAGUCGGAUGAGAGGGCAACUGCCUUGGAGGCUCGCUGCAAAGGAGUUUCGGAGCAACUGUCCUCUAUGGCGAAUGCCCUUCAGGAGAGGAAUGAGGCUUUGGGCCAAAAAGCGGAGGUCCAGCGCCAGUAUGAUGCCUUAAAGGCAGAUUUUGAUGGACUUCAAGCUCAUAUGAAGGAGGAGAAAACUCAGAAAGAGGCAGCCCUAGCUCGGGUGCAGGUCCUCGAGCAGGAGUUGAGUGCAAGUUCUGACCGUAUCAGAGAUCUGGCUUCUUCGGCUGAAGAAUUCAAACUUCGUCAUGAUCAACUUAACCAGGAAGUCAGGGCUUUGGAAUGCAAAGCUCAGCUGGUACGUGAGCAAUGCAUAGCGGAGUAUCAGGAGUCUGAUGAGCUGAAGGAGAAGAUCAUUCAGGCCGGUGAGUUGGCUGUUCAGGACUACAGGGACUCUUCUGAGUUUAAGGAGUUUGUAGCUGAGGCCUGUGAAGCGCAUCUUGCUAAAUAUUUAGCUUCUGAUGAAAUGAAGAGGGCUAUUGUUAAUAAAGCCCUUCAUUUUUACUCAUCCGGCUAUAAUCGUGGUUUAAGAGAGGCUAGGCAGGCUCCUGAUAUCCCGUUGUCAGAGCUUCGCAAGCGGGAGGUAGAUUCAGAUGGCGAGCCGGUAAUGUAUGGAGAGGAUGAUUUCCCUAUGCCCCGGGGAGAUUGCCGUGUUGGUGGCCGGGCAACUGUGUCUUCCUCGGAUGAAUCCGAGCUGGAAGAAGAGGACGUGGAAGUCCUUGGGUCGAAGGAUGACGACCCUGUUGCUGAGGAGGAGGACCCCAACCUUGGGUCAGAGAUUGCUUCUGCUGCUAACGUUGAGAGCUCUGAUCCAAGGGAUGCUGAGCUUCCUGCAGAUGUCACUGCAAAUAGGGAUAAUGUGGGCGAGGGAGUUUUAACUGAUGUAAGUCCUUUAAGGACUAUCUAUCCUCCUACUUCGCCUGAGAGGUGAAUUGUAAUGUUUUGUUAAUUUUUCAUAUGCCCUGUAAUGUGUUUUUAUAAGUGCUGUAUUGACUUUUAGCUUUUAGCUAAUAGUGUGAUCAAGAUCUUUGGAAAACUGACUUGGGCUUUGGAUGUAACUUUUUUCUUCUUUAUUUAUGCCUUAGACGGUUUAGUCUCUAUAUGAAGAGAAUUUUGGUUUUUUCGUUGGCCCUCAUGCCUUUGGGUUUUUAAGGAUAUAUGUUUAUCCGAGCUGGAAGCCCGUUCUUCUGCCUCGGCUAAACUUUUAAUCAUUAGCAUGCAUUUUGAGUUCGGCACCCUUUUGCCAUCGUGCCCCCUGCCUCUUUAUGAGGUCGGAACAUGUUUUUUACUGGUAACUCUUGGUUCCUUAUUUCUACUUAGCCUCUAUUUUGAGGUCGUCGUUUACUUGCUGGGGUGCCCCGAGCUUUUCCUCGAGGUCGGAACCUUUACUUGGUAUUUUUUCGGGCUCUCCUCUUUUGUGAGGUCGGAACCGUAACUACUGCGAGGUCGACACUGUUAUGCCCCGAGUUUUUUUUU